AGACAAAGAGGCGUAUUAUAAAAUGAUAAAAGGAAUAAAAGUUGCAUUCUCAAGAAAUAAAUCUGCACAACAACAGCAAGCAAAACAGCAAAAACAAGAAGAGCAAGAACACAAAUUAAGCAAUGACACCAAAAAGUAUAACAAUAACAAUGCGCCGCCCCCAAUAAUAACUACCACACCGCCACAACAACAACCAACAACAACAACAAAUUCAAAACCUUCUAUUCUAUCUCGCGCUUCCAUACAAAACAUCUUACCCGUCUCUUCUUCGUCUACAGCAACUUCACCGGCCUCACCCGUCGUCCAUACUCCAGCAACAACUGCUGUAUUUGUUGAUAAAACAUCCCUCAAUAGAGACAUACCCAAACAACCAACAAGUGCUAUGGCUUGGUUAAAAGGCGCGCCCAAGGAUACAAUUCCUAUUGGAAAGGUGCCUAGAAAACAAAAAUCAUCAAGGUUUUAUGCGAAAGAAAACGUAGAAUUAGAAAGAUUACCAUUAUUGAAGGAAACUUUGCCUACAAAGAGAACAGAGUUGUUCAUAAAGAAACUUGCUCAGUGUCAGGUUAUAUUUGAUUUUAAUGAUCCAGAUUCAAAUCUAAAAGGAAAAGAAAUUAAACGUCAAGCAUUACAAGAUAUGUUGGAAUUUGUUGCAACCACCAAGGGCGCUAUUACAGAUGUCAUUUAUCCAGAAGUAGUUAAAAUGGUCUCUGUCAAUUUAUUUCGUACCAUUCCUCCACCUGCGGUAGACAAAGAAGAAGGAUAUGAUCCUGAGGAAGACGAACCUAUAUUGGAAGCAUCUUGGCCUCAUCUUCAACUUGUUUACGAAUUCUUUUUAAGAUUUGUAGAAUCGCCUGAUUUUAAUGUCCAUAUCGCCAAAAGAUAUAUUGAUCAAAGAUUCAUCUUACAGGCAAGUGUUAUUCACUUCCCUUUUUUGCUGGAGUUAUUUGAUAGUGAAGAUCCAAGAGAAAGAGAUUUCUUAAAGACAACCUUACAUAGACUAUAUGGAAAAUUCUUGGGUCUUCGAGCAUUCAUUCGAAAGUCUAUCAAUAACCUUUUUUUUCAAUUUAUUUAUGAAACUGAAAGAUUUAAUGGCAUUGCUGAAUUGUUGGAAAUAUUGGGAAGUAUUAUCAAUGGGUUUGCUUUACCUUUAAAGGAAGAGCACAAAACGUUUCUUAGACGUGUUCUUAUGCCACUUCAUAAACCGCCUUCCCUUGUCAUGUACCAUGCCCAAUUAACUUAUUGUGUCGUACAAUUCUUAGAAAAGGACCCGUCACUCACAAAAGAGGUCGUUGAUAAUUUAUUACGUUACUGGCCCAAGAUCAACAGUGCAAAAGAAGUCAUGUUUAUAAGCACAAUAGAGGAAAUCUUGGAUAUAUGUGACAAUACCGAGUUUCAAAAGAUCAAGAUCCCAGUCUUUCAAAAGAUAGCCCAGUGCGUAGCAAGUACUCAUUUUCAGAUAGCAGAGCGGGCUCUGUUUCUGUGGAAUAACGAUUACAUCUUGAGUUUAAUACAUGAAAAUGUUAAGGACAUAUUACCAAUCAUGUUUGAUCCUCUUUAUACAUACUCUCAAGAACACUGGAAUAGAAAUAUACAUUCUAUGGUGUAUACUGCCUUGAAAAGCUUUAUGGAUAUGGACCCUGAAUUGUUCGACCAAUGCACAUACAAUUAUAAACAAAAGAACAUUGGCGAUAAUAACAGUAACACUAAUAACGCAGAAGAAAGACAGAAACGCGUUUGGGAAAAGUUAAAAUUAGAAGCAGCAAACAAUGGCAAUAAUAAUAAUAAUAAUAGUAAUAGCAAUAAUAAUAGUAAUAGUAAUAGUAAUAGCAACAAUGACAUUUCAUCCAAUUAA